AUGAUCCUUGAGACAAGUGGAGACCGUGUGUGUGAAAAGGAGCAGAUUAGUGGUGGUGAAGACAGGUUGGUAGGUAGCGAGCAGACAUGUCGUGUCGUGGUGAUCGGCGUUACUGAAAUCCCGGUGACUAGGGUGGUGCCCGGAGUGGACGUCUGCUGGCCCACCACGGAAGGCAACUUAGAAGCCUCACGGCUAGCUUUGGAAGCGGGAGUGGCAGAAGGACCAGAGACACAAUCCCUCAAGGAGAGACCACCAAGACCAAAAGACGAAACAUGGCCAAGGCCGGGGAGACCCACUCAUAUCAUCAGCCAACACCGUCGAUGA